AUCAACAAUAUUAAACCAAACCAUCGAAAUAAUUCCAUCAUCACUCCUCAAACCAAUGGAAUCCAAAACUGCAGCCUCAUCUCCGUCGGCCAUCGCCGACCUCUACAAGGCCGUAUCCAGCGGCGGCGCAGGAGAAAUCCCGGGCCUCAAUAUCGCCGAGGACCUGGAGUGGUGGUUCCACGGGCCGCAGAAGUGCCAUUACAUGAUGAAAAAGCUCACCGGAGAGUCCUCGGCGGGGGACUUUGAGUUCGAGCCUCGGAACAUCGACAUCGUGGACGAUCUGGUGAUCGUGGAGGGGUGGGAAGGGGCGGAGGUGUAUUGGGUGCACGUUUGGACGCUGAGAGAUGGGGUGAUCACUCAAUUUAGAGAAUACUUCAAUACUUGGCUCACGGUUAGGGAUGUGCGCCCGCUCAGCUGCUCCGCCGCCCCUCUUUGGCAGAGCCACCCUCAGGAACUGCCGGAGCGCUCGCUGCCCGGCCUCAUGCUUGCCAUUUGAUCCAUGCAUAUAUAUAUACUAUAAAUAUGUCUAAUUAAAUUUUAUUAAAAUUAGUGUAAAUUAAGUGUGAGAGUUGAAUCCUGCUAGAUUUCGACUAAAAUGAUGCAUCUUUUAUUUCUGAGAAGUUGUAUAUGAAAUUAUAACUAUAAUUGAAGA